GGCGCGCUCGGGGGCUGCGCGCGGCGCCCGCGGCCGCCAUCUUGUGGGAGGGCAGAGGCGAAGGGCAGAGCGCGGCGGGGACGGCGGCGGCUCAGGACAAGCAGCCAUGGCUGGCCAUGACUCGGGAUCUCAACACCAAUUCACUGGAUUUCAGAAGUACUUCAAUUCCUAUACCAUCAUAGGCAGGAGGAAUUAUGUAAUAGCAACAUACACAGGUGUUGCACUCCUUGUCUUGUAUUUCAAGUUUAGGCCUAAGAAGCAAGCUCCUGCUGUGACAGAUAAGUAAAAGGGUCCUGGCAUGUCUGAACCUCCAAUCUGUGUCAGUGUAAUGCAGGCUGAUGACCUGUUGUGGCUAAUAAAAUAUAAAUAAUUACUUGUUUUAUUGGAAAUAUGAAACGGGCAAAAAAAAGCUAGAGUGUGGUACUUCUCAUUUUUCCUGCUUUGUCAAAAAUAGUUGCUUGUAGCAGAGAUGGAGCAUCUGAUCAUGUCAUUACUGUCUUAACUCUGCUGCUGCUGUAACACAUCCUAAGGUGUUCCGAGCACCAGGCAGUAACAUAGGAAGGACCUCAGGGCCAUAACACUGCACAGGGCCUGGAGCUGAUCCAAGCAUCUCCACACAUCCAUGUCACAGCUUGCAUGGUUUGCAGCCAUCUGGUUGCUCUUACUUUUUGCAUUACAAGGUAGUAGCUUACAUGGAAACCAUGACAUCUUCUGCCUCAGUUGUCUGAAUUUUGCACAGAACCUCAUUGGUUUUGAUGGAAAACCUCUGAAAAUACGCUGAGCCAGUUAUGGUAUUUGAGCUUUUUCUGUUAUUGGUCUCUCUUGCAGAGGGAAGAAGGAAAAUGGCUUAGCCUAGUGAUGUUAAGCUCCUGUAACUCUCCACAUUCAUAAACGGUGACCCAAAUAGUCCAGUGAUUACUUUUCCUGUCUCUUGUGAAAGGAGGUGCUCUACCACAGUUAAGUGUGUGCCGCCUCCUCCCUGCCCAACACUCAAAUCUGUCUAUCACAUUCUCCACAGUGUCUUUGUGUUGCUCAAUUAACACUUGGUACCUUCCUUAGAUUUCACAGUAGUGCUGAUGUGGGAAUGUGAUGAUACCACACUUCUGCCAGCAGCAGGGGUUGAACCAUGCUAAAGCUUGCAAAUAGUUUACUUCCCAAACUGAGGGCAGCAGGAGGUAGAAAUGAUUGUUGGGAAAAAUGGAAAAAUUAAUUACGGGGUCUUUAUGCUCUAUUUAAUUUUUUCUUAAAGCCAUUUUUGUACAUGCUGUGCCUGCUGAACAAAUCUGGUCAUCUUUCCCUUCUAAGUGUUUGCAUAGGUGGCUUCAGCUGUAUUUAAUUUCCCCACUAAAGAAUGAUGGCUGUAAGAGUGUAAUAAAGGCAGGAGCUAGAACCUGUAGUCUGCCUUUAGAACAAGAUUUAUGUGAAAUGGCUACUCAUCAACUUAAACAUUUCUGAUUACUUUGUUCCCCUUAGCAGAGUUGUCACAGUUACAAACUGCUCUUGCUUCCAUUCCAGCCAUUAAGGGAAGUAAAUAUCUUGUAACAUAGACACAAAGUGGUUUUAGUAUUUAUUAUAAUAUCAAAAGUAUAAAACUGUACAAAAUACAAAGGCAGAAUGUGGCAGUGUUUUCUUUAAGCUGUCAAAAAUUGUACUUAAAUCUAAAAGUAUAUGGUCAUAUUGAGAGCUAGGAAAUUUUGUUGAGGUAUCAUCACACAAAAAGAAAAUCAAAGUAAUUAAGUUUUACCCUUUUUUCUUUGAAGAAAAUGUCUAGGUGAGCUUCCUAGUGAGUUUUCCACUUUAUUUUGAUGUAUAAUGCCUGUAGUAUAGCUUUACUCUGGUAGAGCAAACGAGAUGAAAGAGGAGGUAGUUCUCCAUUUAUUUUACCUUAGAAAUGACAAGUCUUGUUUUUAUUUUCACUAGAGAGCCAGUAGAUUGUUCAAGUGUCCAUGUCCUUACUGUGAAGUAAUGAGGAACACAAAACAGAUUUCGCUGCACAAAUCUUGUAAGAGACAAACAACAAAAACCAACCCAAACCUAAGCCACACUGGACCUGGCCUUUGGUGGUGGUGGUUUUGGUUCAAAGACACAGAUGUUCUUCCCAGUGUUCUGCAUAUUUUAGUCUUCUUUAAAAAUAAAACACAGCUUUAUUGGUAGUCCAGGAGGACUCACUGGGUACAAUCUUUUUGUGGAUAGGAAUUGUAACUCAGCAGACAAGCUGGCCUUGCAAAAACAAACUGGCCACACACUUAUCCUUUCCUGCUGCUAUAAUGUUUCAAUUUCUUGGCUAGUUUUACCGGUUUUUUUUAUAGUAAACCUUAUGCAGAAAGGAUACAGGUUAUUAAUGUUCUUUUACAGCUAAUACAAAGUAAAGGGUUUAAGUCCACUUUUUUAAUAGUGACUAUUUCAGCUGUGCCUCAGUUCCCCUUUAUUUUCUCAUACAAUAAAGUAUGAAAGUAAAUUAAGUUCA